AUGGCGCACUCUGACUGCAUAUGCUUCCCCAUCCAGAGGUUCCUGGCGUCCAUGCCACGAUCUCCUAUGCAUCGGAGGACUGACAUGUUAGAGCAACGGCAAAUGGCAAGUGUGGGAGAUGGGCAGUACAAAGAUGACGGCAAGCGGAAAUGUUUCGUGGUCAACGGCCGCUACCGCUGCCACAAUUUAGAGACGCACGGAUUUGCCCUCAUGCGACUGCCCCUGCAGCGAACACAAGGUCAUGACUUGUUCAACUACCUGGUAGCCAGCAAGGUCCUCUACCCUUUAGCGGAAGACGUCCUGCGACGAGCCUUUCCAUCUUCCACGAAGAUCUUGGUCUUCGAUCACAUUGCACGCAAUGACGCCCGCUACAAAAACGAGGCAGCUGCCGGUGAAGUGACGAAGAUGCUGGCUUCGUCCUAUGCCUUCGCUGCGCAUGGCGACUACACUGUGCGGUCAGGCUUCAGCCGAGCCAGAUCACUGCUAGAGCCUCAUGAGGACGAGGGCCGCAUUGAGGCUGCCAUUCAGCAGCGAUUCGCCUUCGUGAACGUGUGGCUUCCACUGAAGAAGGUGGAGCGAGAUCCUCUGGGCCUCAUAGAAUGGAGCAGCCAAAGACCUCAAGAUGUCGUAUCCAUAAAGUUCAUCUACCCGCAUCGUACCGGGGAGAUUUAUCGAGUGCUGCCAUCCGAUCAGCACAGAUGGGUCUACUACCCGGACAUGACUCCGGGCGAAUGUCUGAUUUUCAAAGUCUUCGAUUCUGCCACAGACGGGCGGUCUCGAUUCUCCUUGCAUGCCGCCUUUCAGGCCAGUCCGACUUGUGUUGUUUAG